AUGGCUCGUAAACGGUUCUUUCUUUUGGAUGAAACAUGCCAGAAGGAAGAAGUGGUGAGCAUGAUGUGUCGCGUUGUCGUUGACUAUCGUCUCCCGCUCAAAGAGUACGCACCAGUGGAACCUAUAGGUGGGACUGAAAGGCGACACAACCCGCAAGAUAUCAUUCCAGACAUCCUCCCAAAGCCCAGUCUAUCGAACUCGCGGAGGGACUUCAUCAAACAACUGACGGCCGACUCGGCGAAGCUUGUGGUGACAGAUUAUUUCGGGCUAAACGGCAAGAGAUCAAAGGAGGAAACGGUCGAACUGGAAAGCCGUGCCGUGUAUCGCUACUCCUUGAAGCAGCCGGGGCAGUACUUCCAGCAUCUUCUUAAGGAUGAGUUGUACGAAAGAGAUGUGCGAAGUCUUCUGAAGAAACAUGGGAAGGGAUACCUAGUAGUUGGAUUCCUGACUACUGAAGGAGCCACUUGGAAACUCACGGCAGGAAAAGGUAAAUCGAUGGGCGUCAACUUCAAAGUCCCUGUGUCUUCAGCCACGGGUGGGCCGCCACAAUUGGAUCCCACGAUAGAGCUGUCGCACGACCAAGAGAAUGCAGGUGAACAUUCGUAUGCGGCGGAGGAGACGGAAGUCUUUGCAGUUGCGUACGACGUGGUCAGCCUGAAACAUCACUUCGACACGAUGGCUCAGCACUAUGUGAGGAAAGACAUCGAGCACGGGCCUCCCAAGCGGAUACGCGCAAAGCACAAUGCAUUUGGUGACGAUGAUGGCGGCAGCGAGGAUGAAGUCGAGGAAGAGGAGGAAAUAAUGGCUGAAGGAGGAAUCGUCUCGGCCGGGCAGGACUUUGCAGUGAAUGAACAAGAUAUCUUCAGCAAUACCGCCGGAGACAACAUGCUGUUUAUGGACAUCUAG